GAACAGCAGUGAGAGCCAGGCCGCCGCCAUAGCCGCUCCCCGGGCAACGAAGGAGGAGAAACCGUCGAAUUUUCUCUCUUUUUUCUCUGUCUGUCUGUCUGUCUGUCUGUCUGUCUGUCUGUCUAUCUAUCUAUCUAUCUAUCUAUCUAUCUAUCUAUCUAUCUAUCUAUCUGUCCAUCUAUCUGUCUUUCCGUCUAUCUGUCCGUCUUCUUUCUCUCAUUUACUUUUUCUGUCUUUCUCACUCCUUCCAAUCUCUCACGUCAAACAGCUCACCGCUCGCUCGUUCACUCGGUUGCUUUCAUUUCUCUUCCUCUUCCUCUCUUGUUCACUCUUACUCUGUGUUUCUCUUUUUCUUUUUCUAUCUUUCUCUCUCUCUUUUCUCUCUCUCUCUCUCUCUCUCUCUCUCUCUCUUUUACCCCUUCGGUCGUGCGUGCGUGCAGUGCGUGCACGUUCUUUGCCCGUAUUUGCGCGUACCGUUUAACGUGUCAUCAAUCGUACCGAUCACGCUCCAUUUAUGAUACGCGUUUUUACCAUUGCAAAAGGAUUUUCGAUUGGAGCAAUAUAAAGGAAAAGGAAAAAGAGAGAGAAGGGCGAGAGAGAGAGAGAGAGAGAGAGAGAGAGAGGGAGAGAGAGGGAGAGAGAGGGAGAGAGGAGUAGAGAGAGAGAGAGAAAGAGAGAGAAAGAGAGAGAGAGAGGGCUGGCUAGUGCGUCAAAGUGUAUUCUGCGAAAAUGUGAUCGGGAACAAAGACGUGGUGCGAGGAGCUUACGUGUCGACUAGGUGAAGUGUCGAAAGGAAGAGUAACGCCGCGCGCGAGAUGGUGCGCGAUAAACUCAUACGUCGUACAUAUCCCGUCGAUGCGACGAAAACUUGUUAGAUAUAUACGACAAUCAAUUCAUGGAUUUUCCUGCUCGAAUAAAUGUUCGGAAGAAGUAAACGAGCGAGCGAGCGAGCGAAUGAACGAACGAACGAACGAACGAACGAACGAACGAACGAACGAAAGAAAGAAGAGGACGUGGAGUUCGGACACGUGUCGAAUACCACGAGCCAAGCAACCCCCUAUCGAAAGAUAAGGGAAUCGAGAUUAACGGCUGGGCUGAGGGUUGACAGGGCGAUCGGUGAUGCUUGUAAUCAGCCUCUUCCAGUGGAAGAAACAAGAUACGAAGGGAACUAUACGUGUCAUCGCGAUUAAGCUUGAAUAGCUUAAGAGGAACGAUCGAUGUCUUAUCCGUUUCUCGACGCUCGAACGCGUGUCUACGAUCGACGUAUAGAGAAAAAAGAAGAACUAACAUUCGAGUUUUCUCUUUGAGCAACAUAGGGACGCAUGGAACCACCGUCGAUUGCAGUCUUUCAUCUCUUUCAUGAUCCUUUAAAAACGACUAUGUAAUAAAGUGCGCGAUGUCUUUUGUUAAAGUAACCGAGCGUAUCGCGUUUCGAGAAUCGGGCGCCGAUUUUUCAGGCACCCGUAUCGUCGACUCGUUGACGCGUUUCGAAAGGAGCGUAGACGUGAAGAGGAUCGCGUAGGUCGUCCAAGCACGAAAUCUAGCGCGCUUCGUCGAAGGAGCGGUAGAUGCGCGAGACACUUGUUGCACGUUGCACGACUGCUAAGAAGAGGGAGGGAGAGUGGCUUGGAGGGUGUUGCGAAAAAAAUCCAAAGUCGGUGAGAGAGAGAGAGAGAGAGAGAGAGAGGUAGGGGAGAUAGAAAGAGAUAGGAAGAGAGAAAACGAGAGAGAGAGAGAGAGGAAGAGAUGUCGAUCAAUCGCUCGAAUCCGUUCUUCCGUCGAGCUUCCCUUCUCGAAUCGUUGAAGGAGAGAUCCUUCGCUUUUGGCCAUCCUUGAGGAAGAAUCGUAUUUUCAAAAUCACGUUCCCGAAGAGAUCUCUUCGGUGAUCUGUUCGGCUAAAGUGGUAGAAGACUAUCGAAGGGUUGGUUCUAAGGAUGAACGGAGGAAACGCGACAAAACGAUACGGCCGGUGACAGCGGUGGUGAGGAGGCAUCAGCCGGCAGCCAUUCUGGAGACGAAAAAUAGGAUCUUCGCGUCCUCGUCGGAGCCGUCCUAUUUGGCCGGCCGUUUCGUUUGGAGGAAUAAGAAGAGAAGAGAAACGAAGAAAAGCUGGAUCACCUACGUGGAAUGUCUUCGGGCGCCAAGCGACUGGUGCAGUCGCUUAGGGGCCGAACCGGUGGUAGUGGUGGUGGUGGCGGCGGUGGUGGUGGUGGUGGUGGUAGAAGCAUCGGCGGAGGAGGAAGCACUCGUUCGGAUGGCAUCGUCGGUGAAGUUAACGUCGUUGGGUCCGCCGGUUCUAGCACCAGUGCGACCAGAUUGUGCCAUUAUGACAGUGGCCACGAACUCGACGAGAUCUCCGUCGUCGGCGGUAGCGUCGCCGUCACCGGCGGCGUUGUCAUCGGACCUCUUCCCACCCCCACCACACCUUGCCAUUGCACCACUCACAAAUAUGGCAGCGGACAGACCCUUUACAGCAUCGCCGGUCUCCCUCCCGCCCCCGCCGCACCCGCUCACAGAGCUCACUCCGGCGGUAUCGCAUCGACAGCCGGCGGAACGAUCGAUCGUCUAAGUUGCGGUUCCGUGUCCGCGUUAGGGUACGACAUCAUCGAUAAACACAGGGACGGUGGUAUCGUUGAGACGCCCGGAGGAAGAAGAAGAGGAAGAUCGGUGCUCGCGAGAGAGAGGGAGGAUGACACGAAGAGCGCGAAGAGCGCGGAGAGCGUCUCCAGGGGCGUUCUACACUCGAGACAAAGCCUCCUGGAUCUUGUUAGCAGCAAAUUCAUGAGCCGACACACACCGACUCAUCACUACUAUCAACAACAGGUUCAGCAGGUAUACUCUGUGUCGCAGCGAUACUUUGGCUCGUCCCGCGACUCGCUUCAGGGAGCCUACGUGAAUCGCGGAGCGAGCGAAUUGGAUCUCAGCCGUAAACCGAGGAGGAGGGACCAGCAGAGGGGUAGGAUUAAGUUGCCGUACGCGGUCGGUGCGACCCCGUCGCGCGAUCAAUCGCAUCUUCAUACGCCGGCCUCCAUCAACCACCUAAGUAACUUCAGCUGCAACGGCACCGAAACGAGGUAUACGGCCCAGCAGCAACAACAGCAACGCGGUAGCAGAGGUUUUCCCGGUCAAGCUGGAACGAAAGGUUUCCGUACCGGAGCGCCAAAUUGGUCCUUCAUAUUUGAUCCCGCGGGACGACUUUGUUAUUAUUGGUCGAUGGUGGUCUCUCUCGCCUUCCUUUACAACUUUUGGGUCAUCAUCUUUAGGUUUGCCUUCCAGGAAAUCAACGGCGAAACGUAUUGGAUUUGGUUCUGCCUGGACUAUUUCUCGGAUUUUUUAUACGUCCUGGAUAUAAUCUUUCAUAUUCGAACGGGAUAUUUGGAGGACGGCGUUUUACAAACCGACGCCACGAAACUUCGGAAUCAUUACACGAACAGCACUACGUUUUACAUAGACAUUCUGUGCCUGCUGCCCCUCGACUUUUUAUACUUAUCUAUAGGAUUCAACAGUAUGCUGCGAAGUUUUAGACUCGUUAAAAUUUACCGGUUCUGGGCGUUCAUGGAUUGGACCGAGCGACACACGAACUAUCCAAAUUUAUUUCGUUCCACAUCCUUGAUACAUUAUUUGCUGGUGAUCUUUCACUGGAACGGGUGCCUCUUUCACAUUAUUCAUAAGAACAACGGUUUUGGCAGUAAGGAUUGGGUCUUCAGCAACUCCGAAACCGCGGACGUUGUAAAGCAGUAUCUACAAAGUUACUAUUGGUGCACCUUGGCACUGACCACCAUCGGUGAUUUACCCAGGCCAAGAAGCAAGGGCGAGUAUCUCUUCGUAAUAGGUCAGCUCCUUUUUGGUCUGCUCCUAUUCGCCACGGUACUGGGACACGUGGCGAACAUCGUAACUUCGGUCAGCGCGGCACGAAAAGAAUUUCAAGCUAAGUUGGACGGUGUGAAAACUUAUAUGCGAAUGAGACGGGUGCCGAAUCAUCUGCAACAGAAAGUGAUCAAAUGGUUCGAUUAUCUCUGGUUGACGCAAAAAUGUUCCGACGAGGAGAAGGCCAUUAGCUGUCUUCCCGACAAGUUGAAGGCCGAAAUCGCGAUAAAUGUACAUUUGGAAACGCUGAGAAGGGUUGAAAUAUUUCAGAACACAGAAGCUGGUUUCCUAUGCGAAUUGGUGCUUAGACUGCGACCCGUUCUUUUCUCACCUGGUGACUACAUUUGUCGAAAAGGUGAGGUAGGAAAGGAGAUGUACAUAGUGAACAGUGGUCGGCUCCAAGUUGUGGCCGACGACGGGAAGACGGUCCUCGCCACCCUUAAGGCGGGUUCCUACUUCGGGGAGAUCAGCAUUCUCAAUAUGGGGACUGCAGGUAAAGAGUGCGGUAAUCGACGAACAGCGAGCGUGCGGUCGGUCGGCUACUCGGGUCUCUUCGUUCUCAGUAAAAAGGACAUGUGGGACGUCCUCAAGGAAUAUCCAGCUGCCAGAGUACGACUGGAAUCCAUUGCGGUCAAAAGAUUGGAAAAGUACAAGAGAGCGCCCCUUAAGAAGGUGGCUAUGAGCAGAUGCCAGAGUACGCCAGGUUUAGUGGAAUCACAUGCACGAGUACCGCUAGAGGAUAUGCUGGUGUCAUCGCUAGACGAAAAAUUAAGAGGGCAGGGUUAUGCCAUAGGGGCCGGAACUCGAUCGCUAUUUACUCCGAGCUCGAGCCCUGUGCUGACGCGAGCUGCCGUCGGUGUUGCCGGCGUCGCUACGAGCAUCGCGACAGGCUCUAUUCUCCCCGGUAACAACGUAAACGUCAACGUCAACGUCAACAACGUCAACGCCAGCAGAAGUAUGGACAGCCCAAUGAGUGCCACCAGCAGCGGACAGAGUAGCGAGGAUCCAACUGCCAGGAUGCCUCGAUCGGUUGCGACUCAACCCUCCACCGGAAGGCAAUCCACUCAUUCCGGUAUGACGUGCAACAGCAUGACGCAAUUGAUGAGCGAGGGCGCGACACCUCUUCUCGACACGCACGAGACUCUUUUGGCGGAGAUCAAGCGACUUAAGGAGCGUCAGGUAUGCUUGGAAACGGAAAACGCUACGCUGAGCGCUAAAUUGAAUCAACAACAGUGGGAGGUCGAGCAACGUUUGGCAGAAAUCGAGCUACAAAUUUGCGGAGCGAGUUCUACGUCGAGCGUCGAAGACAACAACGAACGUAAUCGCGAGAGCAUCAUUUAA